AUGUCAUCAUCAUCAUUCCAAGAUGAGUCAUCGCCAUCAUCCGGUAGGAAUUCAUUUGAUCUAAAUAUUAAUAGUGAAGAAGCCACUGUUAAUAUAUCUCAGAGACCUAUGGGUAUGAAGAAAGCAAAGAGAAAACAACAAUCUGAURAUCAAUUUAAACAAAUGAUGGAGCAAAAUGAUAGGCUUAUCAAAGCUAUUGCUAAAGGUACUUCUGAAAGAAAUGAAAUUCAAAAACAGAAGGUCGAGGUACAAAGAAUGAAACAAGAGAAUAAAAUAUUAUUCGCGGAUUUGAACUCUAUAACUGAUCCAGCAAGUCGUGAGUAUAUUGAAAAUCAAAGAGCGAUCAUUCUGAGGAGAAGGGCACCAACAAACCAAUAUGAAGAACAAGGAGAAGGUUCUCAAAGCCAAUAUCAUGGAUCUCAAUAUCGGGCAUCGCGUUAUCAAGGAGAACAAGCUCAAGGAGAACAAGUUGGUGUCGAACAUGUUCAGGGACAACAAUCUCAAGGACAACAAUCUCAAGGUGAAAACCAAAGAUCACCAAGUGACCAACAUGAUUAUACCCAGUAUUAUCAUUAUUUUAGCGGAACCGGAAAUAAUUAUCCUGGGUACUAG